AUGCCAGCUGACCGCCGGCCGGUGGGUGACCUGGGCGCCUUGGCCCGGCGCGCCGCGCGCCGCGGACGUUCGGCUGCGGUCGAGGCAGCUGCGCGGCGAGCCGCGCAGAAUUACGAUACCAAGGGGGGCACCAAGCACGGCAGCAAAAACGACGAAUUCGCCACCAGGUACGGCACCAAGCGCGGUACGUGCGACAAGUACCGCAGGUACGACGCGAAGAAUGACAAGUACGGCGACGAGCAUUCCGAGCAAGUCGGUAGGAAAGACGCUUCCGCGUUCAAGACAUUCCGUUACAGGCAGCAGUACCAGUUUUUUCAGUACAAGUACUUUGCCAUCGAGGUCACACCUCUAUUGCACCUGCGGCAUCUACUACAGGCACGGCAGCUUUAUCCUAUAUCGAUAGCGGCUUGUACUCCUAAGCUCCCCAGAGCUACUCUGGCCUCCAGGGCGACGACGGGCGGCAGGGCUGCGACAGCCUCCGGGGCAACACCGACAUCCAGACAGUGGAGCCCUACGGCAUGGCAACCGGCGGCCUCGAUCUGGAUCCCGGGGACUGCGAACAGAUCGUGCCCUCGAG